UCUAAAAUAAAAACUGAUACGCCGAACGACUGUGAUACGAUUCCGGAAUGAUAUUUUGGUUUGUGUUUGAGUCUGUGGUACUCUUUUUAAAGACGGAAUCAUUUGAAAGAGCAUUUUAAAGGUCGUACUUGUUAAAAAUAUGGGCUUAUGUCUAGUUUUCGAAAUAACACAUCUCAAUAAUUUCCCGCCAAAAUGAGAAAUUUACCUUUCGGAUACCUGAUGACUUUACCAAUCAUAUCUCGAUGGAGCAGAAGAGCCUCAUGGAAUAUUAGGAAGAUAAAUAAUAUAACCAUGCCGCAACGUAAGAUCAUAUGUAAAUAUGGACCUACAAACAGCUACAUUGUCAGUUCACCAAUAGGAGAUGUGGAAAUAAUUAGCUGCCCAAAGGGACUGCACUCCGUAAAACAAGUUGGAGAUACAGAUGAAUAUUUUUCACCAGAUACAGGAGUAAAUGUUGAUGUGAAAUUCCAGUUAUAUAAAGACAAUGGCUAUACUUACAAGCCUGCCAUACAGUGUGUUGAAUGGUUACAGUUCUACUUUAAAUCAUCAGUGGAUCAGCUUAAACUACCCCUCCUCUGUCAGUCCAUUUUUACUGAAGGUUCCUUUACCAGUACAGCACAGAAAGUUUUGACAGAAAAGGUUUUAUAUGGACAGACUAUAUCAUACAAGAACUUGGCAGCUUUAUGUGGGAAUGAAAAAGCCUGUAGAGCUGUUGGCAUGGCAAUGAGGAAUAAUCCGAUUUCUUUUAUUGUUCCAUGUCAUCGUGUCAUAACCCAUAGUGGUCAUCUUGGGAAUUAUAGUGGUGGACACAAGAAUAAGAUCAAACAAUGGUUACUAACUCAUGAAAAUGCUAUCCCUUGAAUUCAGAAAAAGGAAUGUCGUAAAGUUACUGAUACCGCAACAUAUCAUUAUAAGCCAAUGCUUGUAUAUAUACAACUGCAAAUGUAUUUGGUAUUAUACAGGGCAGUUGUUAAAAUAUUGUAAAUUCCAUUUUGCAUAUUUAUAUAUCUUACAUUAAAAAAUAAUUAACAAA